AUGGCAGACAAGGAAAUCUACUCUGCCACUUACAGCAAUGUUCCCGUCUAUGAGCUCAAGGUUGCCGGCGACCAUGUUAUGCGCCGCCGAUCUGACAAUUGGGUCAAUGCUACUCACAUUCUGAAGAUUGCCGGCUUUGAUAAACCAGCCAGAACAAGAAUCCUCGAACGUGAGGUGCAAAAGGGCGUCCACGAGAAGAUUCAAGGCGGGUAUGGAAAAUAUCAAGGAACAUGGGUCCCUCUGAAUGAAGGCCGUUCUCUGGCCGAGAAGCAUGGUGUUAUUGACCGCAUCGCCAAAAUAUUCGACUUUGUUGCAGGGGAUCGUAGCCCUCCUCCUGCUCCCAAGCAUACUACGGCUGUGUCAAACCGAUCAAAGCAGCAAAAACAACCCGUGGUUCCCCGAAAAGUCCCUUCGCAGCCGACCCAGCAUUACCCCCCACCGGACGGUUACGAAAGUGCCAGUGUACAAUAUAAUGGAACGGAGAGUCGAGAGCGUUCUCCAGAGACUGCUUCAUUCAUGGCCGAAGACGACUUCCUUCCCCUUUCUCAAAAUUCGACGGCUUCGAGAAAGCGAAAGCGAGAUUUCGAAGAACCGGUUCCCACUGCCUCGGACCUCGAACAUACCAUGUAUGGCGAUGAGUUGCUGGAUUACUUUGUUACUGCUGGUGAUGAUCCGGCUGCUGCCAACAUCCUACCUCCAGAACCGCCCGCACACUUCGAUGUUGAUCGGCCCAUCGACAACCUGGGUAAUAAUGCUCUGCACUGGGCUUGCGCCAUGGGUGAUGUCACUGUUGCACGGGACCUCCUUGCACGCGGUGCAAAUCCUGCCGCUCAAAACAAGAGCUCACUGGAGACUCCCUUGAUUCGGGCUGUCUUGUUCACCAACAACUGUGACAAGAAGACCUUUCCAAAAAUCCUGCAGUCUUUGGCUGGAACGAUUGUGGAGCGAGACGCUUAUGGAGCGACCGUCUUUCACCAUAUCGCCGAGUCAGCGCGUUCCCGGGGCAAAUGGAGUUGCGCUCGGUACUAUUGCGAAGUAUUGAUCAACAAAAUGCAUGAAAUGGGCUCAAAUUAUGUUCAGGCGCUCCUUACCUCCAUUGAUCACAAUCACGACACCGCGGCACUCUGCGCUAUCCGCAAUGGAUGCGUCAAAGUCGCAACAUUCCUCCUCAACCAUUGUCCCGAAGCAGGAGACAUACCAAACUUAAAAGGAGAAACUGCCAAUGAGUACCUCAGAGCUCUUCGAGAAAAGAAAGAAAGUCUCCAACAACCAGGCUCAUCUCCACCGCGUCUCGGAGAGUCUUUCUCGUCGAAACAAUCUCGCCGUAAGCGACAGAAGGAAGCCUUGUCCCGGGCUGCCUCGUUGGUGCUUGACAAAAUCGGUCCUCUCCUGGACGCAGGCAGCUUCAAGUUAGCCGACAUGUACGAUUUGCAGAUGUCGGAGAAGGACACAGAAAUCGCGGAAGCGAAACACGCCCUGACAGAGCUCGAGAACCAGCGACAUAAGAUUAGACAAGAGACCUUUCCGCUGAUGGCAAAGAUCGAGGAUGUCUCCAAGAUCCCCAAUCUGAGGCAGGAGUACGAAGCAUGUCUGAGCGAAGUGGAGUCUCUUCUCGAACAGAAAGAGCACGCUACCCUACAGAAUGAAGUGUUCCAACAAGACCAGCAGACGAGUCCUGAAGCAUUCCGUUUUCCCAACACGUCACCAUUGUCCCCUGAGGAAAUCGGUGCCGUGGUGCCAUGGGCGAUCGAGCUCAACAAUCAACAAACCCUUCGCCGGCAACUGGUCAAGGACAUUGCCAAACUUAUGAGUGAUGCCGGUGCAAGUGAAAAGGUUGGGAAACAUAGGAAGCUCGUGGCGAUUGCCACUGGACUCAAAGAAGACGAGCUGGAUGGUAUGUCGGAGGAGUUGUUGGAAAGUUUGCAAGGGAACCAGGCUGGAAAUCCGCCGCAGACGCCCCCUCAGGCUCCCGCCGAGGUUCAGCCUUGA